AUGACAUCUGUUCUCAGUAAUUCGAUGCCCUGGCACGAUGGAGAAGAUAGGAUGCAUCAGCUGCUUCGAGUCCCGUCUCAGGACAAUCCUACGGUUCCCUUCCUCACCUCUCGAGCAGGCCUCAUGAUGAAGCAGUCUCCUCUGCUCGCUAUCGGUGCUCUUGAUAAAGAAGGGAGACCGUGGUCCUCUGUUUGGGGAGGAGAAGAAGGCUUCGCUACCCCGACCUCUAUGUCCAGCUUCGACGUUAGAACUCCAGUAGGGGAAACCUACGAUCCGGUGGUUGAGAGCCUACUGCUUGAUCCUGCGCACAAUAGCGGGAAGUUAGUCUCCUUCCUAGCUAUUGACCUGGAAAAUCGCCAGAGAGUCAAGCUUUAUGGAAAAUUAACUGCUGGUUCAUUGGAUAUCCUGGGUGAAGAUGAACACAUCCAAGCAGGUAUUGCGCACCUUGCCGUCCAUGUUGAUGGUAGUCUCGGUAACUGUCCCAAAUACUUGAAUGCGAAACAUAUUCUCCCGGCUCCACCUGAUCCAAAACUGAUCUCAGAGAACGCACAGUUGCCCUCUGAGGCUAUUAGGUUGCUUCAUCGUGCUGAUUGCCUCUUUAUCUCCUCGUCUCACGGGAACGAAGACAUGGAUACUAAUAUCCGCGGCGGACCUCCAGGGUUUGUCCGAGUCAUCUCCAAUGAGCCCAGCGGUGCGGUAUUUGUGUACCCUGAGUAUUCUGGAAACCGACUGUAUCAGACUUUGGGUAAUCUCCAGACAAAUCCUUUGGCAGGCUACGUGUUCCCCGACUUCGAGACAGGAAAUGCCUUGUUUGUCACCGGGAAAGCAGAGAUAUUGAUCGGCAAAGACGCAGCGUCAGUUCUUCCCCACUCAAAUCUAGCCGUGAGAGUGACGACCACGGCAUCUCGUUUUGUAGAAAAGGCUCUCACAUUUCGAGGCAUUCCGGGGAAACCUUCCCCGUAUAACCCCGGUGUCCGGUAUCUGGCAACAGAGAAAGUCUGCCCCGCCACAUUGAGUGAUGUUGAAUCACCUGUCACCGCGACACUGAUCCGAAAGGAAAUCAUAACGCCCUCCAUUGGUCGAUUCCGCUUUCGCAUCUCAGAUCCAAAAUUAGCCGGAUCAUGGACUCCUGGACAAUAUGCAACGUUCUCCUUCCAGGAUGAGUUGGACAUGGGCUAUAGCCAUAUGAACGAUAGUGAUCCAUCAAGUCUCAAUGAUGACUAUGUGCGGACGUUCACGGUUUCAUCUUGCCCAGGGUACGAGAUUCCCGAUGGGGAAUUUGAGAUCACGGCACGGAAACAUGGCAAUGUAACCCGCUACCUGUUCCGAGCCAACGACCGGGCCGGAUUAGAGGUUCCUCUCAAGGGGUUUGGAGGCGACUUUCGACUGAUGGAACAAAGUAGUGACGAUAUAUUAUUCCCCUUUAUCGCGGGAGGGAUCGGGAUUACUCCGGUUUUAGCCCAGCUUCCCAUUAUUGACAUUAGUCGGCUGCGACUCCUGUGGUCUGUAUCGAUAAAAGACAUUGACCUAGUCUUGGAUACCUUCAAGCGGUUUCCUCAAUUGCCGAGUUCAACAACCAUCUUCGCCACGGGAGGUGAGUCGCCGAAAGAACAGAGGAGUCUGGAAGCAGCGAUCUCGUCGGGGGCGCAAAUCUACCGUCGCAGGAUGGAAGCGAAGGAUGUAGAUCUCUCUCUAGCGGAGAGAUGGUAUUUUUGUGGGAGCGCAUCUCUAAAAGGUCCUGUUCUGAAUUGGCUCGUGGGUAAAAAGGUAGAGUAUGAAGACUUUAGUUAUUAA